AUGAGCUCAUCAUCCUCGGCAUGUAAUUUAUCAGAAGCAGACUCGAUAUUGAAUAGAGCAGAAACAGCUGGCAAUUUCCCCAAUGAAAGGGGACAAGCACAACGAAACGCGACAGACAAAUCUUUGGUCGACACAAUGAAUGAGGAUAAAGACGAUAAAGGUAAAGAGACAGCUUCAAUUGUGAAUGACAGUGAUACCGGGAUAGGUAAGGUCGUCACUGAUCUGAAUGAAGAAGAUCACAUUGAUGGAUUGCUCUCUCCGACAAGCCAACUCUCUUUCCUGGAUAAAGAAGAUCACUCCACUCCUCUGAUGACUGCAGUAGUAGCUUCGGAUCGUGAGGUACAUGAAGAAGCACAAGGGAACAUCAAUCGUCUGGCAUACAAGAGUGUGAUGUCCAACAAAGGUGACAAUCGCAACUCAAGUGAAAAUAACAUGAAAACUCAUAGCAACAACCUUUCACCAGGUGAUCUAACUCGGCAAGAUCCAGCUAGUCUCCCUCUUCCACUUUCACCACCUUCAACUCCAUCCGCCAACGCAAAUCCAUCACCGUCUCCUGCUACCUCCACCUUUUCAGCAGAAAACCCACUCCCAGCCAGCCGAUAUCCUAUCCCCCAUCGACGACCGAAAGGAUGGAUCACAUCCCUCAAUCAUCCAAGAGCAGUAUCGAACUUUCCUCCAGAUCGUGACCAAAUCCCACUUACUCCUCCUAGAUCAAGUUCAACUUCUGAUUUACCUCCUUCCCAUUCCCGGAAUAGAGUAACAUCAGUCCAAGUUCAUCAACAACCGUAUCAAGGUAGAAGAGUUUCCGGAGCGAUGCAAUAUGCUUUUCAUCCUACUAUCCACAACCAGCUUUCACAAGCGCAAGAUGAACAAUCGACUGGACAGGAUCAAAGUGACCUUCCUGGUGUAGAAGGCGAUUCUGAUGAAGAGUCAAUCGGUAUUGAGACACUUUCACUUGAAGAAGAAACUAGAAUUCGAUAUGAAGUUGGAUUAUCACAAGAUCAAGAUGAAGUUUGGAUGUCAUACGUUCGUAAUCAAUUAUCUGCAUUAUUCCCUGAUUUCUUUGAAAUGAAUCCUGGUUCUCUCAAUCCACCUUUACCUCCUCGAACUGAUCAUGGACAAGUGUCUACAAUGGACGAUAUCUUCCCAUCGGCAAAUGACAACUCAUCACUCCGCCCAAACACACCAGGUGAAAAUGGAUUGAGACACUUCGAUGAUGCACCUUCUCAGGACUAUUCUUCUCCAAACAACGGCGGAGGAGAAGAAGAGGAUCUAUUCUCGCCUACGGCCAAUAGAAGUUUCACCACUGCGGAUACUUCUUCACUCGCUACUCCCCCUUUACAAAGUAACGCAGCUAUGUUAAGAGGUAAUGUCAUCGUGCCAAAUGUGAGAGAUGAGAUUAGCGGAUUGAGAGAAGAGAUCGAAAGGUUGAGGGACGUAGUCGGUGGUUUGGCUCAAGGUUUAGGAGGAAAUCAGAAUCAGCCUGUGAAUGUUGAUGAGGUUGACAACACCGCGAGUCAAGUUGAAGAAACGACCGAUGAUGACCAGGAGAGCGCUCGAGAACAGGAUAUGUCCGAUCAAGGAGCUGGCUCAAGAAGACAGCUCGUGCUUUCAGAAGAGACAAAAGAUGAAAGACAGUUGAUAUCAGAAGCUUUCAAACGAACCGCAGGAAUCUCCGUUGAGAUCAUCCGUAUCCUCGAUCGACAAUAUCACGAUACCUCUCAUGAUGGAACACAGCCUCACACAGUUCAUCGUGAAGAUGAUGAAGUAUUUUCUGCCAGUAAUCUUCUUGUCAUACUUGACUAUGUAAUUUCCAUGUCUAGCAGGUAUUGA